AUGUUAAGGCAAAAGCUAGGUAUUUUUUUGUUUUCAGGUUCCCCGUCAAGCAGAUGGUGUACUGUGGGUGAUUUCUGUGACAACUGUACGAUUCAAACGGCUAUCAGUGCAAAUUGUAACGGCACUAGCGAUGCGAAAAGACAUUUGUUCCUGUUCUGUAACCCAAGGACAAAGUUGAUCGAUGUGGACUCUUCGUCGUACCUAACCUGUACCGAAGGGGUGUAUCGACAGAACAGGUGCUCCGACAAUGGACGGACCCACUUCAGCGCGACCGCCAUGGAGUGUACCGACCCGGCGACGAUGACUUUUCACGCCCAGGGCACUUCAGGUUCCGGUCGAGUUGGUGAUGUUUGCUCGUUCAACACGGAUUGCCUUAGCGGGAUGUACUGUGCAAUAGGACAAUGUCGAUGCUUGUCAACGUAUAUCGCUGUCGAUGCUUACUGCUAUGAACGCAUAUCACCAUCAGAAUCCGGUUGCUUCUAUGAUGUCCAAUGUUCUGCGGUAUGGCCGGAUGCCUACUGUAAGAAUGGGCAAUGUCACUGUCCCAGUCUGGAUAUGGUUGCUGUCAAAACAAGGGAUGGCACGCUGUGCAUAUGGUCGAGCUCAACAGAACCGUCCUGUCCAUUGCCGUCACUUCCACCACCAGAUUCUGCUGCAGCACUUGUUGUCCUGCCAGCUCCUUCAGCGAAGAACUCCGUGAGCAUAGCGACAUGCAAUCCUCGAGCGUCUGCCAUUCCUUCAACGGAGGAGAUACUUCUGUCUAAUGCACAUGAUUACAAAUGUGCUGUACGAGGAACGAUAGAAGAUUCUGCUCCGAAAGACGUUUCUGAUCUCUACGACUGUAUCGAUAAUAGUAAAUUCUGGCAAGGACAAGGCCUGAAUACCAAUUUGCAUCCGAUUGGCGUUUGCUGCAUGAAUAGAGCAUUCACCUGCCAACAACCAAAGAAAGGCGAGUCAGAUGAGUUGGGUGCAGUACCUCGAUGGUGGUUCAAUGGCAUCAUCGGUUCCUGCCAACAAUUCCUCUUCGAUCCGACUUCAUCUGAAGUCAGUCCGAACAAUUUCGAGACACUGGAUCAUUGCGAAAGCUUCUGCAAAGACACUUGCCCACGUGGGAAUCCUGCUUACGUACCGAUGCGAACUGAUCUUGGGCAGAUCCCACAGGGCGGUUGCACCAUCAGUCAUCCUUGUCCAGAUCCAUACGAAUGCGUCGAUGUGGCCAGUCAGAGUCUAUGCUGCCCAAGCAGAAAAUCGAUCUGUAGCGAAAUGGGAGGACGUGUGAAGAAUCCACUUCGCAACACACCGUACGAUGCCGGCAUGCGUUUCGAUCAAUUGACUGGAGAACAAGCGAACUAUGCGGUCGGCAUUAGCACAAGAUACUACUACAACCCAAUCGAUGGUCAAUGCCAUCCAUUCACCUACAAUGGUUUCCUGGGAAAUUUCAACAACUUCCAUACUCAAGCAGACUGCCAGCUGUUCUGUGCACGAUUACAAUGCGUACAUGGAAAUCCAUUGACCACUGGACAUGGCGUGCCACAACGUUGCCAGCGAGACAUCGACUGCCCGUCAACCCAUACCUGUACAACUGAACAUGGUGUAUGCUGUCCGACUCCACGUAAGCGGCUUUCUCCUAUCAUGUACCGUUUGAUCCAGUUAUACUUUUCAGAAACUCUAUGCACGGAACCACUACGAGUAGGAGACUGUAAGCAGUCCGUAAGGCAGUUCUGGUAUAAUGCCGAGACUAAAACUUGUGAGGGUUUCCUCUAUACUGGCUGUCAAGGCAACAAUAACCGCUUCCAUACCCUGAACGAAUGCCAGAGUUACUGUAAGAAUAUCAACGCCGAGCCCAAAUGUCCUCAAGGACGAGCCUAUAUUGACUAUUCGGGAAAAUUCCUGCAGUGUGGUGACGGUCUCGGUGGAAAUGCCUGUCCAGCGAACUAUGAGUGCCAUUUCGAUGGUCUAAUUCAUGGAUGCUGUCCUAGUAAAGCAUUUACUUGUUCACUUCAAGUGAGCAAAGGCGUUGCCUGUGGAUCCGGUUCCAGUUAUCGCUACUAUUACAAUAACCAAUUGAAGGAAUGUCAAUCGUUCCUCUUCCUUGGCUGUGACGGUAACUCAAAUAACUUUCCCUCAGCAGAGAAAUGUCAGAGCUACUGUGAGAUAGCAGUAUGCCCGAACGGGGGUUCGCCGCUAAGAUCGAACCAAAAGGUGCGCUCUUGUUCAACGAAUGAUCCGUGCCCAGCCGGCUACGAGUGUAGUCAAGUAGACACCAAUGGGGUCACUCAACGACGAUGCUGCCCAACCAAAUCAUCUAUUUGUUCAAAACCACCACAAAUGGGUAUGCUACCAAAAUGCAGCAGUGGAAGUGGUCAGACCAGGUAUUACUUUAAUGUGGCACUACAAACUUGCUCCCCCUAUACGUCAAAUGGUUGCGACACAUCGUUGAACUCCUUCAAAACAUUGGCCGAGUGUGAAGACUUCUGCCUGAGCGCAGGAUGUCAAGCGGGCGACACCGUAUACAAAGUUAGUACGCUUUCCUACUGUAGAAUUUCUCGUAAACGGAAAAGAAGUAUAUCUGAGUAUCUGCACCGUGAUGGAGUUUGCCCAAAUGGCGAAAAAGCGUUUGUGGAGCCGAUAACCUUGACGCCCAGACAGUGUGCAAUGGUUGCUGAUAGAAAAUGUCCAGCCGGUUAUUUAUGCCGAUUCUCACAAAACAAUCACAAGUAUUACUGCUGUGGGAGUAUCAGUGGAAGUCUGUGUCCAGCUGGUCGGGCACUGUUUCGCUACCCAACGACACAAUUACCGUUGCAGUGCCAUAUUACUCAUGGUGGAGGCGGCUGUCCUCCAUCGUAUGCCUGCCAGAGUGAUGUGCCCGGCGCUUUCCAGGGAUACUGUUGCAGCCAGCAUCCGAUUUGCCCCGGUGGAGUUAAUUACCACCUUGAUGAAAAGACCCAAAUGCCUACCACUUGCUCCAGUGAAGGUUUCGCUUUUUGUCCGCAGGUUGAUUUUCUAAAAAAUAUUUCAGACGGUUGUCCACCGGGACAGUACGCUUACAUCACCAGUGGCCAGGUGAAAAGCUGCGAUCCCUUCAACGUUGACGGUCACUGCCCAUCGGAAUACACCUGCCAGUGGUCAGUGACAAAUCAGAAGUAUCAAUGCUGCGGAACACGUCCAAUUCGCCAGACAAAACCGAACAAAAUCGACGAUGGUUGCUUACGUAAACAGUUCGCCUUACUUGACCGUCGGACGAGUAAGCCUCGAAUAUGUACGGCAGGAGAGGAAAAUUCCUGUCCCAUAGGAUUCUUCUGUCAGUUCUCGGCAAAACGAAGUCAAUUCCAGUGCUGUGGUCAAAGUGGAGGUUGUCCCGAACGGCGAGCCGCCUAUAUAGCCGUUGACGGUAAUGCGCAGGAAUGCCUACCGGGGCCGGACAUGUGUGCAGAUGGUUUCGAAUGUGUUCGAAGUGUUGACGGAAGUGGAAAGAAUAUCUGCUGCAGUAAAGAAGACAACGAAUGCUCGGAAAAUGAGAAAAUGAUCAAUGGGACAUGUGUGGUGCACAUGAGAAUCGGUGGCCCCUGCCAUCGAGAUGAAGAAUGCGGUGGUGGAAGCACAUGUGAAUCCAAUAUCUGCAGAUGCCCAUCGGGUCAAAAUGCUGUGCUGGGCGAGUGCGUCUCCACAGAAUGCAAUCCAAAUCAGAUCAUUCUGGAAGGACGCUGCGUUGAUCGUGCGGCUUCGGGAGAGUCAUGUAAAAGUUCUUUUCAGUGCAUAUCAAAUUUACGAUGUCUCAACAACAAGUGUGAUUGCGGUAAAGGAGAAAGAAUCGACGGCAACAACUGCGUGAAAAUCGAUGAAGAUGAACGGGCGUUUUUCGAGAAAGGAACCACUCGAUUACGUUACUGUAGUCAAAUCGCUGACGAUUGCCCAACUGGGUACAGCUGUCAAUACAGUAAUCUGGUGGGUGUGACAUUUAUCCAGGAAGCCGCCUUAACCCAAUGCUUGCUAAUUCCAGCUCACUGUCCUUCUGGCAUGACUCCCUAUCUCCUGAAUGGCCAACCAAAAUUAUGCUCGUCCAGCACCUGCCCGUAUGGAUUCCAAUGCCGAUUUUCUCCGUCCAAAAAGAAUUAUUUCUGCUGUUCAAAAAUUCUAAAGAAAUCUAAUCAUCUUCGAAAAGAUGGUGGGUGUGAACGUGGCUCAGUUCUGUUGUAUCCAUCAACACAAGAGCCUGUACAAUGUGACCAGAAGACGCGAGCAUGUCCUAGUGGCUACCUAUGUUUGCCGCAUACCACAACAAAGUGUCCAAAAUAUAUGGUACGAGUCGUGGGGAACAGAAAUGGGCGCAGAGCGACAUAUUGCGGUAAGGACUUAAAAAUGAGACCGCAUUUUCUAAAUUCUUCUUUUUGUGUUCUUAAUGGGCACACCCUUGAGGUGUAUUUGAAUAACUGA